AUGCCGCCCCAGGUAUGGGCAGUUCUUCCUUUGGCGCCAAUGAUUCUGAUGGUCCUGUUGGCGCCAAUUGGCGCCUUCGGCAGUUCUUUCUUUGGUGCCUUCGGCAGUUCUUCCUUUGGCGCCAAUGGUUCGCACGAAUGGUCCCGCUGGCGACCAGAUGCUCCUGAUGCAGUAGAGUUGGAGCUGAUGUCAAUGCCUCUGUUCGAAAAAGGCACUGGUGCUGUAGUCUUGGCUAUUCCACUCGCGCUGGAAACGUCCAGCGAUGCGGCAAUUCUGUCUGCAGGCGGACAUCUGGCCAGAGCACCACGGCCAGAGUUAGCCGCGAUGCGCGCACCGGUGCAAGCACCGGUGGAAGAUGGCGAUCCAGGCAACCUAGAGCAAGGAAGCCACCACAGCCUGACAGAGAGUACUGCCAUAUCACUGCCCCGACAGCCGUACAGGAUUGGAGCUGGAGGUCGGAGCGAGAGUGCUGGGAGUUCCUGUGCACUUCGGCCGGGGGAGGUGUCGCCAGUAACGCAAGACUCUGGUUUCGGAACGCCACCGCCUGCAGUGUGCGGCUUCCGGGCAGACAGCAGGCAUGGUCCAGCUCCUUCGGCUCCCCGGUGCCGUGCUGACAUGAACUCGGCAUGGGAGGUUGCUGACAGGCUGCAGACGCAGGGUGUGAUGCCUUCCCCUGACUGCUUCCGCAAGCGUUUGAACGCCCUUGUAUCAAGGGAGGAGGAGGAGGAAUCCUUCCUGGGGCUCCCUGGAGGGUGGCCGCGGGUCCGUGCGCGGGCGCCGGGCUCUUCCAGUUCCCGGGAACCGGGAGCUGGGCUUGUCCUCAGCCGGCCGGUGCGCGGACAUCCCGCCGUCGGCCCUGGCCUUAUGAUUAACAUAACCCUGGCCUUUAGUCGAGUACGAUGUUGGCGUGAGUUUCUGUGUGGCACCGAUGAGCUCGGGCUUGGCCUAGAUGCACAUUUGCUUGUAAGGUAUGUAAAACCUGGAGGAUGCGGGCAACGGCCACUUGCAAUUCUAUCUCGCGCCGAAGAUCGACGAGUGAGACCGUAUAUUGUACAGCAUGCACAUGUGGGAGGCACCUUGCUUUGCGUGAGUUGGUAUGUACUCAGUGCCGCCUGCUGGUAG